AUGGACGAUCCGACCGGACCAGGAUGGACAUGGCCUUACUGGAAGUUCGGCUUACAGAGGGAAGACCUCGAAACCAAGCUCCACGAUCAGUACAACACCUUUAGCCUCGCCAUUCUCGACCCCGAGGCCUUCCAUCAUGAUGUCUACGAACUAGCAAACAGAGCCACCACCACCGAUGAGUUCCAUCGGUUCCUUGCCGAGCGGAAGCAACUCCGAGUUCGCGAACUGAACGGGUCCCUCGAAUCUGCAGCAUUCGAGAUCAUUGGAAAUCCCGCCCUGAUCGGGACCGAUCAGUGGCAGCACGCUGUCCAGCUCUUCCGAACAAGGUCGCUUGAUUCGCUUGUUCGAUAUUUUGCAUCAUACCUUCCCGAGCAACACCCUUGGCACAAGUCCGCCGAUUCUGGCUCCGUCACCUCCAGUAGUGCCGAUUCGUGCCCCUCCCUUUUCGACGAUGAGUACUACGAUCCGAUCAUGAUGACGGAGGAGCCGCUUGAGAUUGUCGAUGAGGAGUCUAUUGUUAAGGACCACCUGCCGCCGUCUCCACGCUCCAUGACCAUGUGCUCGAACUCUUCCGUGGAUUCCCAUCUAGAUGGUUCUCAAGCAGACUUCGCCCUUACCCCAGCCCGCACCCUUUCAUACUCUGAAUCCGAAUCCGACCAUCUGGAAUCCUCAGCCUCGACACUCUACGAUGUGUCAGAGGUUACCACACCUGCUCCUGAGGAGGAGGACGUCACUCCUGAAGUGGCGUCAGGCAAGGAAACCUUAGAUCAUCACAAGGAUCUCUCCAUCACUUCCAAGUCAGAAACACCUACCCCAAAGCCUGAGCAUCAUGCCGCGGCUUUCUUCGAGCAGACGAAGCCAUCGCUUCCUUGUCGACGACACCGGAGUCUUUCACCAUCAUCUGCGCGUCCUCUCUCUGGUCAAGAAGUCCGGAGUAGCAUGCAGCAACGUGAUCCCAGGAAGCCGGAGCUUCCGACUCACCGUACCCAGGUGGCGGACGACGCAGCUCGCCGUUGGAAGGAGACAGGAUACCUGGAGAGGCUUAGAGAAAGGAUGUUCAACCCCUUGCAGAGAGGAAGAAGUCAGGGGAGGAAGACACAGACAAGUAGUUCCAGUCGUAUCCAAAAACCAGCAUCGGAGAGGACAAAGUUCAGGGGACGAAAGAGAGUUGAUAGUUAG